GCUAUUCAGCAAGAGUGUGAACUGAGACUAUGUAUGUUAUGGGAGCAGUGAGUUUGAUAUUCGACAACGCUGCAAAACAUGGAACGAGGGGGGAAGGCAAGUAAACGACAAGCAAGUAGGACUUCAGGGAGCAUGGAACAAUCUCCGACAAAAUCGAAGGGGACGCCGACCGCUGCGGGGGGGAGUCAGGAGGCACCGGGGUCUAAGAGGCAAUGCACCCCAGUUCCACGUCACGAGUCCACGAGCACUCCGGUUCCGAGGGGUGCACCUUCCACAGGCACUCCGUUGACUAGUGUUCGGGGCUCUGGACCGAAUAACAUUAUGUUGAUGACUGGCGGGCCUGUGGGUCAGGAACGUGUGCCUGGUCCGCCACAGGGAAGAUCUGCAGUGGACGUUGUGCCCGGACGUAAGCCGUCUGGUGAAGGUAAACCGUAUGGUGAAACGACUACCGCGGGUCGGCGAGACGAUGUGCCCGUAACAUCUGCAGUGGACGUUGUGCCCGGAAGUAAACCGUCUGGUGAAUGUAAACCGUCUGCUGAAACGACUGCCGCGGGUCGGCGAGACGAUGUGCCCGUGGUUGAUCACAAGGAUAAGUUCUGGAUGUUGGACUGGGUGGGGGAGAUCAGAGAACCAUCGAGUGGCCUUGUUCUAUACGUGGUCAUGAAAGAAAAUAUUGUGCCGGUUGGCGGCCUGGUGAGGUGGACUAGACAAGGUGCACCGUCUGCAAUGUUCGAGUUGACGAUGGUCCUGCAUGGACGAGGGGAAAAAAUGCCAAAUGUUAAACAUGUCGCUCUUCGAUGGGCCAAACACGUGGGAUUUGGAAAGUCGAUGGUUGAUGUAUUCAACCCGCCAGGGAGAGCGGAAGUGAAGUUGCCUGACCUCGUCGACGUCCUCGGGUUCUUCGACAGUAAUGUGAUCGCGGGCGGAGAGCCGGUUGUGCAUCCAGAAGACCGCAUAUCGGAGCCUAAAUGCGUGCUUUCGAAAACCGUGGAGACUGGGCCUUCGAUCACGAUCCGCGACACACCGCCGGCUCCGAAAGAUGAGCAGAUUGGAGAGAAGGGUCCGUGUCGCGGACUGGUCGUGCCGUCAGCCCCUAUGAAGUCCAGGCCAACGGCGACCAAAGCACCAGUUGCCUUGGGCAGCCAUCCGCGCUAUGUAGCGGCCACCAAGGGACCUCUCCCCUUGGUGGGCCAGCAGCGCUACGACUACACUGUGCCAAGCCGCGCAGAGAAAGCCCAUGAAUAUUUUGGAGAUGAUGAUGAAGAGAACAGCGAGGAAUAUUCGGAACGAGCAGGAGGACAUGAACAGUAUGCGGUGGGUGUUGGUGACAUGACAAGGCGCUAUGGGGAAACAAGUAAAGUGGUUGGACAGGAUGAAGACAGUGAGCACGCUAUGAGCGAAUCGGGUGGAGAGGUUGGUCUGGCAGGGGGAUAUGGGAGCAGCGACGAAGGAUGUGAGGGGGAUGUGCAUCCAACACGAGGGGGGGUGCACCACGAGACAGUGGUUGUGGCUACGCAUACAAAUGCUGCAGGGAUCGUUGAGCGAAAGAGGAAGCACAGGCAGGAGAGGAGAAGUGCUUUGGAUAGUAAACGGAGUAAGCAAGAAGCGGGUCAAAAAAGACAAUUGAAACUAUUGUCCGUGGAUGAGGCGGUCCAGCGCACACGGGAGACUGAGGCGGCCACGAAGAAAAAACAGCAGCCAAAGAAAAGAACGGCAAAGGGUGGUGUCAUGGAAAAGACUUCCGUUUUUCCAGCGGAACAACCACAAUCGGAUGAAGAGGCCAAAGGUAAGACAGUUACUAGGCCGCCAAGUUUGCGAAAUGUGGCAUCGGUGACUUCUUCUGGUAUUCUCAGCAAAGGCUUCUUCCUUGAGUUGGACGAGCAUGGGAACCAGUGUCCAGACAUGGAAUUCAUUUAUGUCAAGUUCGACAGAAUUCUGGAUAUCCCCGACGGGGAAUUCAGAUACAAUCAACGCUAUUUUGUGCAGCAGACGAUUGAUGGCAUUUAUGACGCAAUGGUUGCAUUAGGUGAGGCUGCUAUCAGAGAGAGAAUGACUAAAGCUGUCCUUUUGUUGGUUCCCCUCCGUGAUACAUUGCAUACAAACGCUUCAGGAAGGAUUGUGAGAGCAAGGAGGGUGCUGCGCGAUGAAUUCGAACUCGGCUCUGUGAACAAGUACUACUACUACCCUCUCAGCGGUCAACAUAACGUGACGGCGGCAAGAAGGUGUUUUGUUGAACGCCCUGACAUCGCACAAGAGCUCCGAUUGGAUCGCUGGACUGCGAGGCCUGUUUAUUAUCCGGAUAAGAGCAUGGACAAUUACGGCACGCUGAGCACUUUCCAGAACGCAAAGGACAAAUGGAAUACCCCACCGCACCAGAUCGUGGUCAUCCAGAACAUACUGAAGUUGCGGCACACAUCGAACUGUCAUGAAGCUAAAGGCGGCUCAGCGGCAGAAGUGAAAAAUGCAGAUUAUAGAAAUUUUGCAGGAAAGACUCUUCGUUUGACCGGAUUCUUUACAUUUUUCAAGCGAGUUACAAGUUGGGACAUUCACAUUCACUUGUCUAUUCUAAAGUGGACUCGUCGGCAACAAACGAAGGCGAAGCAUUCAUAUAAGGUUGCGAACUUGACUUUGGAGGACAUAGACAAAAUGGUUGUCAUCAUGUACUCCAACGAUGGGGAUUAUCACCGCAACACUAUUCCCUUGCUUGAAGACAUUCCAGCAAGCACUCCAGCUGCAGAUCGAUCAUCAGGCGAGCAGGCGGGUGACUUAUCAGCACUUGUGCGCAGAGAGAGAAGGCCAAAGAUGUUGCCUGAUGUCGUGGAGAAGAACUUCACGCCCACGAAGUUGAAAAUGGCAGGUAUGGAGCCAAAGGAGAAAUUUGUGUACAAAGGUAUGGAAAGGGAGCCAAAUGCGAUGGUGGAGACAUUGGAGCAUUUUUGUCCUGCGGAUGAGGUGGUUGUUUUCCUGGGAAAAGGUCAUGCGGCGUUGAUUUGGGAGUUGUUAAAGAGUCAUCGUCAUUGCAUUGUUUUGGAAAGGAAGGGUAUGAAGUUCGAGUUUCUCGUUCAAUUCGUCAACAGGAUGGUCAAGAGUGGAGGUUACUUCACCAAAUUGGUUAAGCUGCCUCCUCGACAUGAUGAAAAGCGUAAUCUCGUCUACAAAGUCGGCCAAAACAUCGUCAACAUUUGGGAGUUCCUUUUCGAGAUUAAGCCACAAAACAGAGGGGAACGUGCAUAUGUCGCCAGAAGGCGAAAAAUGAAAUCACUUCUGAGGGGGUAUCAUAAGGCACCGGCGGAGACGGAAGUUGCAUUUCUAGACCGUUUGGAGAUGAUGUACUUCGACGAACACAUCGGGGCGUUUACAAUCGUUGCUUAUGCAACUUGUUUUGGGGAAGGCUUUGAUGCUGAGGACUCAGAAGAAGAAAGUGAAGAUGGUACUUUGCAAGCGGCUUUGGCAGAUGAGAGGCAAAAAACUUGUAGCUCGGCUUCGCAGGAGAUGGGUGCGCCGGGCACAUCGUCCGGUUCUGGGGGGGCUUCAAGUAUGGCAGUUUCAACGGACCAGUUACCGAAUCGUCCCUCAACUUCUUCGCUUAUGCAAGUAACACCUUCUUACAUGGCGGGCAACACAACAGCGCUACCUUCCGGCGCAGUUCGGUAUGAUCCGAGGGUGCAGGCAAUGCUCUCCCAAGAGGUUAUGGCAAGUCUGUCAGCACUUGCACAUAGCCCGACUACUGUUUUGGAAUUGCUAUGCUCUCAAACUCCUCAACAACCUCCGUCUGAGCCUUUGGAGUACGAGAUUGAGGACAUGAUCCCUCCGGACAUUGCACGGCUUCCUGGACCUAUUGUGUGCCAAGACAAUUAUACGGUGAUGCUUGACAACGUAUGGGGUCAUCACAUUAUAUGACACCCCCACCACUUCCAACCUGCAUUGGCGAGAGGGAACUGGGUAAUGGCUAUUAAAGAA